AUGUCCUCUCUCUCGACCCUCUUUGGCCUGUCCGCCACGGGCGACGAGCCCAAGUUCAUGAUCGCCGAGUACCUCAUUGCCAACAUCCUCAUCUCGCAUACGCUAUCCUCUACCCGUGGCCUCAAAUGGCUGUGGCGCAUCGACAAUCACGUCUCCCCGCGCACUGACCUUGAAAAGUCUGGCCCGCGUGCUGUUCUCGAAGGCAGACUUGCUCAGAGCCAGCUCGACAUGCUGAGGCGCAACGAGUCCGCGCACGCCAACUCGAUGGAGCAUUUUCCCGUCUUCGCCGCAGCCCUGAUACUCGCCAAGAUUGCAGGCCUGCCCGCGGCAGACAUGAAUUACGUCGGCUUGACGUAUACUCUCACCCGAGUCGCCUUUGUGGCCAACUACCUUCUAAGCACCACGCUGCUUGGGGCAUCGCUGAGACCGGUCCUGUGGUGGACGGCACACGUAGCUUGCCUGAAACUUAUCUGGAGAGCCGGGAAAGCUUUCAAUUAG